AUGACUCCAGUCCCCGUUCCUCGUGUGUCGGCAACAGACGACCCAGAAAUAAUCACCCAAACCUUACGCCAAGCCGGUGCCCUGAUUGUCGAAGGACUUCUGUCUAGAGACCAGGUGCAGGAGUUGAACCGCGAACUAGAGAAACCGCUGGAGGCCAUCACUUCGGGCUCCAAACACAAUGUCGAGAAGAUCCAAGACUUUCAUGGCAGCAAUACAAAGCGCCUUACAAAUGUUACAACCCACAGCAAGAUUUUCCGUCAUCAAAUCCUUGAGAACGAACUGGUUCACGCCGUGGCUGAGAGGCUCUUCCACCAAGACUCUGGAACGUACUGGAUGGGUGCCGCUCAAGUGAUUCAAAUCGGACCUGGAAACAAGGCUCAAGUGCUUCACCGGGAUCAAAGCCAGUAUCCAAUUUUUGAUCUUUUGGGCGCGAAGGCACCGGAGGCGACUCUCAAUUUCCUCAUCGCCCUGACGGAUUUUACCGAAGAAAAUGGCGCCACCAGAGUUAUUCCUGGCUCUCACAUGUGGGAAGAUUAUUCCAACAUGGGAUCACCCGACCAAACGAUUCCUGCUAUCAUGAAGGCUGGAGAUGCUGUCCUAAUGAGUGGCAAGACCGUUCAUGGUGGUGGUGCCAACAAAACUAAAGACGAGCACCGCCGUGGCUUAGCGUUCACACUCCAGUGUAGCUAUCUGACACCAGAGGAAGCGAAUCCGUUCAUUAUCGGAUUGGAUACCAUCAAGCAGCUAUCUCCCAGAGCACAGCGGAUGUUGGGAUUCCGUUCGCAAUUCCCGAAGACAUCACCCGGUCUCUGGCAAUCCGACUACUCGGAGAUUGCAGACGUUAUCGGUCUCUCGGGAGACGAUCCCGCCCUUGAUCGCUUGAAACAAGAAAUGACAGUGACGAUCUGA